AUGGGGCAGAUUCUCAACCCAGCUUACAUCUUCCUCAAUGUUUUUAGGCUCACCUUAAUAGCAAAGCUUCAGACAGAGAAUUAUAUCAGGAAGUCUGGUAUAAACUACACGAUUAUAAGGGCCGGUGGGUUGAGAAACGACCCUCCAACCGGAAAUCUUGUAAUGGAGCCAAAGGACAUUCUCUCGGAAGGCAACAUCUCUAGAGACCUAGUUGUAGAAGUGGCUGUAGAGGCAUUACUGAAUCCUGAAGUGUCUUACAAGGUUAUGGAGAUAGUUUCGCAGCCUGAUGCCCCUAAGCAUUCGUAUAAGGAUCUUUUCAGUUCCAUCAAGCAACGGUGA